AUGGAUUUGCGCGGCCAGCGAUUUGUCGUCGAUUUAUCGGAUGAUGAGCAAGCCGAUGAAUCCCCAUCCGCCUCGAGAAUCCCCUCAAAUAUACCCCCAUCCCUUCUCCCAGGCUUCAUUGGCGACAUCAAGGAGCGCGAUCCUGCCCCACCAUCCCCUCCAAAAUUGAAGUCCACCUCGACCGGAUUCCCCGAACACAAGAAGAGAACGAGGGUAUCAGCCUUCAAACAGCAGAGAGGAGCACCUGCGAACCCUCCAGCUCCAGAUACCCAUAAUGCUUCGCCGCAAACUACCCCGGCGCCACUGCCGUCUAGUGGGCGUGCCCGCCCAGUGGACCCCAGCUUCGACGAGAGCGAGCGGCGUCAGAUCGAUGAGGAUAAUAAGGAAAGAUUAGCAGCUAUGACAGCCGAAGAAAUAGAAGACGAAAGACGGGACCUGUUCAGUGCGCUAGAUCCUUCUUUGCUAAAACGGUUUCUGGCCCGGGCGGAUUUGGAUGGAGGGCGUGGCGACACGGGAAUAGAUUUGCCUUCGACCGCCCUGGAUAUCAACAACGACCAUAGGGUUCAAGCACAACCGGAAGGGGGUGUUGGUGACUUACCUACGCCUAAAUUGGUUGGCAAGCAAGUUGGCGCGUCGAAAUCCGUGAGGUUUAACGACGAGAAGGAGGAUCCAGAACCAGUAGGUCUCCAACCGGCCACAGAUAUGGAACGCGGUGUACCUGCACCUAAACCAGCUGGGAAAAAGGUCGAUGCCCCUAAAUCUGUCGCUUUUGAAGACGACCAGGAGCCUGCAGAGCCAAUCCCCUAUACAGACACAAAAAUACACUUCCCAAACGCCCCGUCAGCCCCAGAUCUCGACCCGGCCGACCCCUCAUUCCUCGAAAACCUUCAUCACAAAUACUUUCCCAGCCUCCCAGCAGACCCGUCCAAGUUGGCGUGGAUGGCGCCCAUACCAACACAGGGAUCUGUUGCAGACCAAGAAUCCCCAUACUACCCGGGCCAAGACGCCGUCACAGCCUCAGCACUCCGUUUCGAUUUCCGAGGUGGUCUAUUACCCCCGCGAAUAUCCAGAGCGGUGCCGACCACCAAAGGGCUACAUCAUCAUGGCGAGGCCCCGGAAUCUGCGGGGUAUACGGUACCAGAACUAGCUCGGCUUGCAAGAUCUGCGUUUCCUGCACAGAGGUGCAUUGCGUUUCAGACGCUAGGCCGAUUGCUGUACCGGCUAGGUAGGGGGGAGUGGGGCGAUGAAGAUGGCGAGAUAACGAAGGGCUUGUGGAGGUGUGCGGAGGAAGGGAAAGUCGUUGAGACUCUUGAGGAAGCAGCUAGCACGGAAGGAGGGCAUCAAGGAAGUAAAGCGUAUGCUACAGAAGCCCUAUGGUUGUGGCAAAAGGGAGGUGGGAAACGCUGGAAGGCAUCUUGA